AGUUGGAUCUUUAUGUUGCUGCUGCAGGGAUAAACCCUCAGAGAGUACUCCCUGUCAUGAUUGAUGUCGGAACCAACAAUGAGAAGCUUCUAAAAGACCCAUUGUAUUUGGGAUUACAAGAGUACCGCCUUGAUGGAGAGGAGUAUCUUGCAGUAAUUGAUGAAUUCAUGGAAGCAGUAUUUACUCGCUGGCCAAAUGUGAUUGUCCAGUUCGAAGAUUUUCAAAGUAAGUGGGCCUUCAAGCUGUUGCAGCGUUAUAGGAAUGACUAUCGAAUGUUCAAUGAUGAUGUUCAGGGGACAGCUGGAGUUGCACUUGCUGGUCUUCUAGGAGCAGUCAGAGCACAAGGAAGGCCAAUGAUUGACUUCCCAAAAAUGAAGAUUGUAGUUGCGGGUGCUGGAAGGUAAGAUUUCUCUCUUUUUCUUGUCUAAGUGGG